GAACUAAUCGUGAAACUUUAAAUUUUAAUUGAGCAUUUGAGCGUUGUCGAGUGUUUCUCUUUCUAUUGAACAGUACAUCGCUCCUUUCCAUAAUUACUUAACUCUUAUUUGUCUACAAUAUAACAGUACUCUAAGACUUUUUAUAACUCUUUAGACUUUCUUUCCAUUCUUAGCCGUUUUAUUAUUUCGGUUGUGUAAAAAAAAUGGGUGAUUCUAACAUUUUAAAACCUGGAUCCAUUGUUGGAUUCUGUAACCCAUUGUUGGACAUGACCGUUGUUGGUGAUCAAAAUUUAUUAGAUAAAUAUGAUCUAAAAAGUAAUAAUGCUAUCUUGGCUGAGGAAAAACACAUGCCUCUCUAUGAAGAAUUGAUGAAGAAUAAAAAUAUUGAAUACACCGCUGGAGGCUCUGCUCAAAAUUCUUUGAGGGUUGCUCAGUGGGUUCUAGAAAAACCUAACGUAACUGUAUUUUUUGGUGCGGUUGGUAAAGAUAAAUAUAGUGAGAUUUUGAAACUUAAAGCUAACAGCGAGGGAGUUGAUGUUAAAUAUCAAUACUCUUCAGAAAAACCCACCGGCACCUGUGCAGUUAUUGUCACCAAUAAUGGCAAAGAUAGAUCUUUGUGUGCUAAUUUAUCAGCUGCAGAGACUUUUACUGAAGACCAUUUGGAUGUUCCUGAAAAUAAAGCUAUAAUUGAAAAUGCAAAAUUCUACUUAGUUACAGGUUUUUUCUUACAAGUCAAUGCAAAAGCUGUUCAAAAAAUUGCUAAGAUUGCUUUUGAACGAAAGUGUCCAUUUUUAUUCAAUAUGAGUGCUCCGUUUAUUUAUCAAUUUUAUAUGGAUUCAGUUAUGUCAAUUUUUCGUUAUGUUACUAUUGUAGUGGGAAAUGAUGAAGAAGCCAAAGCAUUUUCGGAUGGACAAAAAUGGGAUUUAACUAACAUUGAGGAAAUUGCAUGUAAAUUAAGUACUUUUGAUAUUGAAAAUGAUGGACAUCGUUUAGUUAUUAUAACUCAAGGCGAAAAACCAGUCCUCGUUGCUAAAGAUGGAGUUAUCACACAAUAUCCAGUGCCCAAAAUUCCAAUAAGUAAUAUUGUUGAUUCAAAUGGUGCUGGUGAUGCAUUUAUUGGUGGUUUUAUCAGCAAAUAUAUUUUGGAAUGUCCAAUUAAAACCUGUAUAGAAGCGGGAAUUAAUGCAGGAUCAUAUAUUAUACAACAACCAGGCAUGACAAAAGGAGAUUCAUUUAAAAUAUAAAUAUGUUUAUAAUAUGUUAUAAUAAGACUUGUUACAGUAAAAUUAGUAAAGACUAAAAUUUAUUUUACUGAUGUAACUUUUAAGUUAUAUAACAAUAUUUUUAUUUAACAUUAUUAUUGUAUUAUGAUUAUGAUACUCAAAUAAAUACAUUUGGAAUAAGUUUUACUGUUUACUUCACUCAAUAAAGUAAAAAUGUAUUAUAUUUACAACAUUAUAGUGAAAACAUUGUAAGAAUAUGAUAUUUACAAAACAAUAUAAUACAUUUAAGUCCA